AUGAAGUGGUCUUUCCUUAAUCCGACCGAAGGGCACUACAACUGGGACACGCUCGACUGCCUCGUUAACUUCGCCGAAGACAAUGACAUGGUGGUUAAGGGACAUGGUCUCAUCUCGGGCUGCUGUAACCCCGACUACUUGCUCAAUAUCACCGACCCCAUAGCGCUGCGUGCUGCGAUGACGUCUCACUUCAAGGCGGUCAUGCACCGGUACAACGGCAAGAUGGAUCGGUGGGACGUUGUCACCGAAGCCCUCGAAUCCCAGGGCGGCGGCCUAAGCACCGACAACAACUUCUACAAAGUCGUCGGUCCCGGCUACAUCGACGAUGCCUUCCACAUCGCUCGGGCAGCAGACCCGGGCUCCAAGCUGUUCAUCAACGAGAAUCUCGUUGGGUCACUCCCAGGGAAGCGUCAGGAACUCUACGACCUGGUCUCCGGACUCGUAGCAGCCGGCGUCCCGAUCGACGGAGUCGCCCUGCAGAUGCACAUCACCGAAGUAGCCCCGAUACCGGGCGUGCUCACAGACAUGGUCAAUUCCUACAAGGCGCUCGGACUGGAAGUGACGAUCGCUGAGAUGGAUGUCCACACGCUCGACGCCGCACUGGAGACCGAUAUCUACGGAGCGGUUAUCGAUGAGGCUCUAAAAGCAGGAAUCACCGACAUUAGCUUCUGGGGCUUCACGGAUAAGCACGCCUACACCUGGCUGCCAGGCGCGAAGCCAUUGAUGUUCGACGAAUGCUACAAUGCCAAGGGUGCGAUCUAUGCGACUCACACUGCCCUAGCGAACUUCGUCAGCGUGCCCAGGGGACCUUGA